CUUUCAACGUAUAUGGUCCCUGAGUAGUACCAAUGUCUAAAGCACAGGUCAAACAUAACAUUUAUUAUUCACAAAUGUUACAAUACGGUACAUAUUUUUUAUUUGUCAAAAUAUGUUUCGUCAAAAGCUGAAAAAUAAAACUAUUAUGCUAUCUUGGUCACACUACUACAGCAAUGCCAGUUACCGAAUCACGCACUGCAAAAUACAUAUUUCUUUGAAAAAUAUUUAUGAACCCAAUAUUUUGAUAACUAUGUGACGUUCACGUUCACAUUUUUAUCUCGUAAAAUAAGCAAUAUAAUUGCCACAAUUACCACAGGUGGUGUCGCUAAAAGGUGUCAUUGGCGGCACUGUUUCAAUUCUGAGAAUCAUAUGAAUGCGGAAAUGGCGAAUGCUUCAAAUGCGAGAAUUCAUCAAGUAAGCAGCAUGUCAGAACUGGACGAAAAUUUGUUGAGUAUGGAAAACCUCGAUAGGGCGUCUCCAGAAUUGUGGCCCGAAAAAAUUCCAGGAAUGUCAAAUUUUGUAAAUCAAACAGCAGCAGCUAAUACUAGUGGCCAGCCUUGGAACAAAGAACUAGACAGUGAGGAUAUAAACUUGCUGCACCAAUUUGGCAGCCUUACUGCUGCCAGCCUCAUUGGAGAAGUGAAGAAACUACAUGAUAUAGCAUAUGAGCUAGGACUCCAGGAAGCGAAGGAGAUGACGCGUGGGAAGUACCUGAACAUCCUCAGUCGCAGUCAGCAUUAGUAUUUGUGCUUGCUAUCAUUAUCAUACAGUUUCAAGGAGUAAAGCAAAAUGUGUGGAUAAAAUUUGUGUCCCCAAAUUAGCCUCAUUAUAUAAUUUACCAUCUAGAGAAAAUGAGGGAAAGAUUUAAUUAUUCAUUUAUUUUAUACAGAUAUAAAUCUCAUCAAUUGUUGCACUUUUGAUGUCCUUUUCAAUGUGACAAGACUAAUAUUAAGAUCUGCAGUUGGUCAUAGCAACAGAAUGACAUUAAUUUUUUGUACAAUUGGGCCGUCAUAUGACAUUUUAUAUUUAAUCUUCCACUUUAGCUGCUAACUUGAAAGAUUCAAUUUAAAACGUCAUGUUACAUUUAGUAUGUUCUCAUACUACCAGGAAUGUUUUCAGUUACUAAUUGUUAUGUCUGUGUGCCACAAAUAUCUGGGCUGUGCAUACUUGCAGCACAUGUUAUUUUUUCAUGUCACAGAAGAAUUUGCUACAGUUAUGCUUAAGAAAACCAAUAAGCAAGGUUCCAUUCAUUUAUGGUAAUAUGUUCUUACAUAUUUUUCCUAAUUAUCUCCCUUCCCUUUUUUGUAAUUUAGAAAGGAGAUAACUAGUUUGAGCUUCAAAAAAUGGAAAAUCCAGCAUGGAAUAAUGACAAUAUUUUGGAAAGGAUAGAUUGCUACUCACCAUAUAGCAGAUGACUAGUCAGAUAGGCAGAACAGAAAGAUUAUUAUAUAUGCCUUCAUUGGCAUUAGGUAGCAUACACAUUUACACUCAUGCGAAAGUAACUGGGGGGGGGGGGGGGGGGGGCUGUAAAGGCCAGACUAGCCUCUGUAGCUAGACUGAUCAUGUGUGUGGGAGUUAGCGUACUUGUUUGACAUCUUUUUUGUUGUCUGGGUGACUCAGAUCUCUGCUAUAUGGUGAACAGCAAUCCAGUUUGAGCUGUUUUAUAGUUGUUUUUCUUUAAUGACCCUGUUACAGUUGUAAAUGCAGCCCACUGUGUUUACUAGUGGCCCCAUGUACAGAAUUGCUAUGGUAUGGAUUGUUUCCAGUAAUCACAUUUCAGUUAGUGCUGGAAUAGCAACAUCAACUGAGUAAAGUUUAGUAGUGAAUCUGCAGUUGUGUAGUAUGCCUAAUGAUGUUGCUAAUUAGGUGCCUUUAAAUGUAAACAUUUGUCAUUAAAGGUUACCAUUAUAAAAGAAUAGUAAAAGUUUUAUAUUGGAGCUAUCAUUUGAAAGUGUAAGUAACGUUAAUUCUUGCAUAGAUAUAAAAUAAACAAUGACCAGAUUUUUCA